AUGCUUCAGGACAAUGAAACAUCGAUUUUUUUGAUACAGGAUGAUUGUGCGCCGGUAAUUAUUUUAUUUAUUCCAUUUUACAGGAAAAAGCUAAUAGAGGACCUAAAUUUAUUUAAACUCAGAGAAGAAAUGAUUUAAACAAAGGCUUGAGAUCAUUGGAAGGUAAGACGCAAAACGGUUUCCGGUGUUCUUCUGAAUCUAUCUACGUGAUCACAGCAAAAAAAUUUUUUUUUAUUCGGAUUUUCCGCGACGCGCCUAAAGAAGUUCUGUCUCAUGAAAAAUAAAAUUUCAAAAACUUUGCCUGAAACCUUCCCUUUUCAGUACGAAACCUACACGCCGAUCCGUUUCGUCCUCAUCUCCAUAGCUACCGUGAUCGCCUGCUUGGGUACUGUGGCGAAUGUUCUGCUCGCCUACCUGUUCUGCUCAAAAAAAGUUGCUCAAACUUAACAAAAAUCGGCUAAAAAUGGUCAUUUCAGAGCUCCACGACGCCGGCCACCUUGUAUCCGACGAUUUUGGCCUUUCUCGACGUCGCCAUUUGUUUCGAAUACAUUUUGCUUUUUGGGGUCGAUGCGAUUGUCAGCUUUUUGCGGGUCGAGGUGAACUUUCUGUUGAGAAUUCGUAGUAGAUUUCUAAAUAAAGUAAUUUUUUUCCUAAAGUUAUAUGUAUAAUCGGCUGAUUUUUCAGGAUAUUUAAGCUUUAUUCAGAUUCUUAAUUGACUUUUUGAUGGUUUUGAAGGAGUCUCGACUCGAUGUUCAAACCUAGAUUUCUUGUUUUUUUCUUUCAUUUUAUUGAAGAUUCCAUAGGUCUCGUUCAAAUUUUAGCGGAAAAAAACUCAAAACUUGAGAAAAAUUCGCUUCAAUUUGAAAUUUGAAUUUGAAUAUCUUUUUUUAAAAUUCAGAUGAAAAAAUCAAAAAUUUGAGCUUGUGACGUCAUUGAAAAGUUUAUAAAAUCUGAAUAUAUAUUUUUGGAACGUCUAAUUAACACUGCCAAAGUCGGAAAUGCGGAAAACGAGUCCAAAAAGAGAGUGGCUGCAAAAUUGCCGCUAAAAGGGUUCCGUUUUGCGGACUUUUUUUGAACCUUUGUUUUCUUGGCGGGCUUAAAAGCCUUGAAAAAAGGGAGAGGCUGAAAAAAUGGUGAAAAAAGGGAGGGGCUGCAAAAAGGGUGCUGAAAGUCUAGGCCAUUGAUGAGUUACGAUUUUAUUACUGUAGCACAGUUUGGUGCAUACACAGUUUUACUUACUUUUUCCAGUUCGGAUGAAACAGUGAGCCAUUUUUAUUCUGUACCCCUCGCUUUUCAGGGUCUCUUCACCCUCUACUACAUCUACAUCAUUCCGGCGUACGUCGCCAGUCGAAUCACUCAACUCGCCAUUCCUUACAUGUUGAUAUUCGCCACGUUGGAACGGCUCUAUUGGUCUUCCUCCGAAACCAUGUUGGAUACAGCCUAAUGAUAAAUACCGUAAUCUGAAUGAUUUCAGGAGAAAUAAGAAGACUUUGAAAGCGUUCCAUUCGACUCAAGGUCGGCACAUCACGGUGACCUGUUCCUUCCUGGCUUGCUGCCUUCUCCGAGUCCCGACGGCUUUUGCGAUGAUGGUCGGUUUUCCUUGGAAACCGCGACGCGACCGCACGCGUAUAAUGACGUCAUUUUUUGAGCUGUCAAUUGGCAAGACAGUGAUAGGAUGACGUCAGGAGGGCGCUGCUUACUGCUUGCUUACUAGGGCGCUGCUUAGGGCGCUGCUUAGGUCGCUGCUUAGGGCGCUGCUUACUGCUUGCUUACUAGGGCGCUGCUUAGGGCGCUGCUUAGGUCGCUGCUUAGGGCGCUGCUUAAGGCGCUGCUUACUAGUGCGCUGCUUACUAGGGCGCUGCUUAGGGCGCUGCUCAGUGCGCUGCUUUAGGCGCUGCUUACUAGGGCGCUGCUUACUGCUUGCUUACUAGGGCGCUGCUUAAGGUGCUGCUCACUAGGGCGCUGCUUAAGGCGCUGCUUACUAGAGCGCUGCUUAAGGCGCUGCUUAGGGCGCUGCUUAAGGUGCUGCUUACUAGGGCGCUGCUUACUAGGGCGCUGCUUAGGGCGCUGCUUGGGGCGCUGCUCACUAGGGCGCUGCUUACUAGGGCGCUGCUUAGGGCGCUGCUUAAGAUGCUGCUUAGGGCGCUGCUUAGGGCGCUGCUUAAGGCGCUGCUUACUAGAGCGCUGCUUAGGGCGCUACUUACUAGGGCGCUGCUUACCAGGGCGCUGCUUAGUAACUUUUUUUUUCUGGUAAAAUUAAUGAAUUUCGCAAAUCAACGCAAGCCCUAUGACGUCAUAUCUUGGAAAUGACGUCACUUUUUGAAUUAGUUAGAAACUUGGCGGAAUUCCUGUAGUCAAAGAUUUUGAAUUUAGUGUUGCCGAAUCCAAAAUAACCGUCAGAAAAAGAAAAAGAUAACCAAUUUUGGAAAGUUUGAGAUAAUUUUACAUUUCUUUGAGGCAUGAGAAAAUCUUCCUCAUUCCUAUAUUUUAAGAUAUAUAAAUGGUGUCAUUUUUUCUUUUUCAGGUCGCCGACUACCCAGAUUGUCCAGACUUUUUCCGAACUAUGACCACGAUGCCUCGGUUUUCUCUUAUCAAUAUAUUGAAUAAAUAUGAGUUUUCCAGGGACUGGGUUCACCACAGUACGGCCUACAACGUAUUCGACCUCCAUGUGAUGACAAUCGCCCAAACAAUCGUUCCAUUUUUCCUGCUCGUUGGCCUGAAUGUCGUGAGUUUCUUCCAAGUGCUUCAUUCAAUAAACUUGAUAAAAUAAGGUAAUCGUGCACAAAAUGCUGGUGGACAGCGCUCAGAAAGAGGCCGAAUCGGUCAGUUGCUUCAGUGACGAACGAAUGCUCACGCCGAUCUCGCAUAAAUCUUCAACUAGUUGGUUUUUUUUUUCUGAAAACUGAAAAAGAAGGACAAUAAAAUAGAAUAGAAAUAUAUACGUGAGAGCUCUGCGGAACUUAUUUUUGAAGGAAAUCAAAUCCUAAAAACAAAUUUUUCUUCUUCUUACGCUUUUGUACCGCUUGAGCGGCUUCAGAACCCCAGGUCUAUGAAACAAGAUGCUAUCCUGAUAACAGUGAUAAUCAGUAAACUUAGGGGGCGCAAAGCCCCGCCCCUUCACGCCACCAAAAUGACGAUUUUUUUGUUGCAAAAACGGUUUUGAGGCGUUUAUACUAGCUAAAGUCCCACUUUAAAAAUGAACUGUUUUUGGUAAGCUAUGUAAUCGACAACGCUCUACAAGACUGAAUAUUUUUUUAAAACUAUGUAUUUUUUUCAAAAAAUAAGCGAAAAAAAGUAAGAUUUAACACGAAAAAAACUGACAAGUUUCACAAAAAUCGUCGCGUUUCAGAAAAACCAAGUGAGGAACGCUUCUAAAUUUUAAGUAUGUUAUACAUUAACACUUUCUUUAUUUUUUUGAGUGAAAAAUGAAAAAAAUCUACCGACGCGAAAAAAAUAUUAAAAGCUUGUAAAGUGACACCAAACUUUGAAGCUGAAAUGCGAAAAAAAUUUCAGCGACAUGGUAUACUUUUUAUUUGAUUUAAAAAAACUAACAGUGUGUCCGAAAAAUAAAAAAAUUCAGAAUAAAAAAAUAAUUAUUGGGACAGCGAAUUAAAUUAUAUUUGAAUUUUACCAAAAACCUCCUUUUUUUCGGCUGCCUCGUUGACGCAUGAGAGAAUAGGAUCGCGUCUAUACUUUUGAUUAUAUCAUUAAGCGUUCAAAACUCUAUCAAUGAAAAAAUUAUGAAAAAAAUCGAUCGACGCGAAAAAAAUAACGGCUUUGAAAACCUCGAAAAAAUGGCAUUUUUUUUGAAAUUUCGGGAGAAUUCGCACAAAUGUCCGUAGCUGUGUUUGCGUCAAACACACCGAUGCGCCCUUUUAAAUGUUGCAGGAGUUUUUCGGAGUCAAAUUGCACUUUUUCCUGUUUUAUUUCGAAAUAACACUAUUUUUUUCAUUUUUUUCUUUUUUUUCCAAAUCGGAUGAUAAUAAUUUUUUUCUGAGUAGAAAAAAAGGAAAAAUAAGCUGAAAAAUCCCUUUGACCUUUUUUCUAGGCAGUUUUUUGAUAUUUUAUCAAAGUUCUUAUGAGAGUUAUACAAAAGAUUUAUACCAAAAAGUUGAGCUCAGUUCUGACAACCUCGCAGAACAGAAAACCGAUUCGAAAACGGUUAAGAAACGCGCAAAAACAUUUAAAAAGAAAGCGUGCGGCAGCGGGUAAACUGUGAGAUUUUGCCUCCAGUUGUACGCCGCGCGCGCUCGUUUUUUGGCCAUAACUUUUUUGUUAGGGAAGCUUUUUUCAAAAACUAAACAUAUUAUGAAAAUGGACAGUCUCUUCUAUCGAACAAUGUAAAAAACAUAUUUUUUGAAUCGUUCUGAAGAAAUGGCUUGCGGUCCCUAAGUAAACUAGCUCUAUUAACCUAUCCGACCUUAAAAGGGAUACGGCUGGGGAUUAUGAAGUCCUGGUUUCCCACCGCCGGGAUUGAACUUGUGACCCUGUGGACCGUAUACAGGCUCACAACCUGUUGCGCAACGGAGCUCCUAUCUGAACAGAAUUUUGCAGUUAUGACUUUGAUAAAUCUACAAUGAAACGAUUCUAGCAUCUAGAAAUGUUUUUACUCAAACUGUUCCAGACAUUGGAAUCUCACUGCCACCCCUGAAAAGUAUGUCGGCGUCGGUUCGCAGCGCCGUCUUCACAAUGGCGGCCAUCGUGGCCUCCUAUUUGAUCUCCAAUAUCCUUCACCUCAUUCUGACCUUCUUGGAAAGGUAUCUUUCUGAAAUGUUCAGUAUGACUGUUCGCGAUGACAAGCUCCGAAAAAAUCAUUUUUAGUGGACCUAUGACUAUGAAGAACAACAGAAAGCCAAAAACUAAAUUUCAGAGCAAAGCACCCAGUGCUGCAAUCCGUGGAAGACCCCUUGUUGUCGUCGACGUUCCACACCUUCUUCUCGGACCUCGUCUCCUUCGUCUACAUGUUCACGUCGGCCAUCCGAAUCCUCAUCUACUACGGCUGCAAUCCCAGGAUCCGCGACGAUCUCAACGACUUUUUUGCCAGUCGCAAGUCCGCUGUCUAUUUAUGA